AAGAAGUUGGGCAAGUAAGCAGAAACACGGGACACUCAGUAGUGCGAAAAUAUCAAAAUGCCGCUCCGGAUGUGGUCCAGGGAGUUGGAUAUUAUUGCGGUAAGAGGCAACGUGGAACAUAGGAAAUGGGAGCUGUGAUGACCGUAAUGGCAGUUUCCAUCAAUGAAAUAUGUGAGAAUACCAAACUUGCAAGGGAAAUGGCAUUAAUGGGAAACUACGAAACUGCUGGUGUCUACUAUCAGGGAGUUGUUCAACAAAUUCACAAACUCCUUAUUAGUAUUGCAGAUCCUACAAGGAAAGGAAAGUGGCAACUUGUGCAACAACAAAUAGCUCAGGAGUACGAGCAAGUGAAGGCCACAACCAACACGCUUCAGCUGUUGAGGGUUGACACUCAUGUGGACAGACCGAUUGGCCUAGCAUUGCGCAGUACGCCAUUUGAGGAGCCGACCCGGGAUCCUACUGCUUGGUUUGGUGGCCCUCCUAGGGACCCAGAUGUUUGGCCGCCGCCACCAGCUCGAGACCCUGAUGUCUGGCCGCCUCCAACUCCUGUUGAACACAAGCCAGCUCCUCAUAUCAAGACUGUGCGGUGUCAGGCACGUAAGAAUGAUACUGUUAAAUCCAGUGCACGACCUCAGAGAACAGCCAAUACAGGGAAAAAGCCUGAUCCAAAGUCCAAUAAGAAGGAUGACAAACUAAAACCUGUCAAGAAAGAGGACAAGAAAGAAGAUAACAAGGAAAAAAGUGACAAAGAGAAAGAAGAAAUUGAAGAAGAAGAGAGGAGAUUUGAAGGUUCAGGGUAUGACCGUGAUCUGAUAGAAAUGUUGGAAAGGGAUAUAGUGCAGAAGAAUCCCAACAUCCAUUGGGAUGAUAUUGCAGACUUGCGCGAGGCCAAGAGAUUGCUUGAAGAGGCUGUUGUCCUUCCUAUGUGGAUGCCAGAUUUCUUCAAGGGCAUUCGCCGACCAUGGAAAGGGGUGCUGAUGGUGGGUCCGCCAGGGACGGGGAAGACCAUGUUGGCCAAGGCUGUGGCUACCGAAUGUUGCACCACAUUUUUCAAUGUUUCCUCUUCCACCCUCACUUCAAAGUAUCGCGGCGAGUCGGAGAAACUAGUCAGGCUGUUGUUCGAGAUGGCCCGUUUCUAUGCCCCCAGCACAAUAUUUAUAGAUGAAAUUGAUUCUCUCUGCUCCCGAAGGGGGUCAGAAUCAGAACAUGAAGCAUCAAGAAGAGUGAAGUCAGAGCUCUUGGUUCAAAUGGAUGGCAUUAGUUCUAAUAGUGAAGAUCCUGGAAAGAUAGUUAUGGUUUUAGCAGCAACAAAUUUCCCUUGGGAUAUUGAUGAAGCUUUACGGAGAAGAUUAGAGAAACGAAUAUAUAUACCGCUUCCAAACAGCGAUGGGCGGGAGGCGCUGUUAAGGAUUAAUCUUCGAGAAGUAAAAUUGGAUCCAGAUGUGGAUCUGAAAGAUGUUGCAAUGAAAUUGAAAGGUUACUCAGGAGCUGACAUUACCAAUGUCUGCAGAGACGCGUCAAUGAUGUCGAUGAGACGCAAGAUCGCUGGUCUUCGUCCUGAUCAGAUAAAGCAGUUGCCAAAGGAGGAACUGGAUCUGCCUGUCACAGUGCAGGACUUUGAAGAAGCCAUGGCUAAAUGUAACAAGAGUGUAUCUAAAGAAGAUCUUGAUAAGUAUGAGAAAUGGAUGAAUGAGUUUGGGUCUACAUGAUGUUUUUUUCUGAGAUAAAUUAUUGGCCUGCCUUGCCAUACUUCUAAUUGAAAGACAAAAUUUGAAGUGUGAAACAGCUACGAAGCAACUCGGUACUUACGCUGUAUGUGGAAAAUUUUAUUGUGCCGUUUUAUUUUUUAUUGUAUAAAGUUUAAAUAAUAGGAUGAAGAGUAGUUCCUGAUGUGAUUCAAGAAGUUGAUUUGAAUCCAUCGAUGAUUUUUUUUCUAUACCUGUAUGAGAGUAGUGAGUUUUCCACAUAAAAAUGUGAACAAAAUUGCAUUGGAGAAAUGAACUGGUGCAGUUUUCUACAUAACCAGCUUACUUACACGACAUGUAUUUUUUUUUUUAUGAGAAUUUGUUUACAUUUGUAUUUUGAAGAAGUCUACAAUUUCAGACCAGGGGGUUUUAUCUUCCAUUAUAUCCCAUCUGACCACGGAUUCUGAGGAGAGGAGGCAAGGGAUAGACUGUGUAACUGUAUAGCUUACAUCACCAGUCAAAAGAGCAGAGCUUUCAAAGUUCGCCACCAGCAGUCCUUGGUCAGACGGGAUGUAACGUUAGUCUUUGCUGUAUCAGUGACAUUCAAAUUCCUGUAUAAGAUGUGCUGGCUACUAACAAAAUUUUUAAAAAUCUCUGAAAGAUUUUCUUUUCUUUGUUUGUCAUUAACAUUAUAUUGCUUUCAGGUCAUUAAUUUAAGAUCUGAUAUUACUAAAUAGAAACAAUCUUAUUAACAUAUGUAAUUAUUUUAUGUGGAUAACCACAUUUUAGUUUAAAUCAGUUUACAGCAUAUAAUUAGAAUUUAUAACUUUUAAACCUCCUGGGCAGAGUUGCAACCAGCGAUUUUGUGGGGAACUCUAAUAGGUAAGCCAUCAGAGUUUUUAGGAUUCGUUAACAAUAUUUGUACUUGCUUGAGAUCGGAUACUCAUUUCACUUAAUAGUAUCUCUGAGUAGGUUCACUAAUAAAGAAGUUCAGUGUGCAUUUAACUUGUGCCUACUCUUGUAACAAUUUAAGUGCCUUCCAUGAGGGCUUGUAAGGAUCUCAUAAGAGGAUUUUAGAAAGGAUGCAUGAACAGUUUGAAAUUCAAACAGUUUGCUGUCAUGAUGUGUGGUUUAAGUUUAAGUUAAAGGAAAGUACAGUCUGUUAUUUAUAAAUUUCUGCAAUGAGGAAAGCUAAUCUCUUGCUCUCAGAUUUUCACAAAAUUUGAGUCUCAUCUGUACCAGAGAAUUUAUUGUAAUUUCAUUUAAGAUUCUACAUUUUAAUUUUGCAUUAUUUUAAUGUUGUUUUUGCAGACUUUUUUAUGAUAUUUAUAUGGGAACUUCUUGAUAAAAUGUAUGCACAAAUUAGUACUUGUAUACCAGAACUGGGUUGCCAUAAUUAAUUUUUAAGAAUAUCUUUUUUUAAAGUACUUACAAGCAGAAAAAUGUAUCAUUAAUGAGAAAAUUUCCUUUAGUACACACUGUGAUUGAGGAAAUGGCCUUGAAUCUGACUUCACAGCUGAGUGGUUAACAUUCAUUGUAUUGUGGAGGUCCUGCAUACAAUUCUUGGCCUGGACAUCAGUUUUGAUGUUAUAAAGCUAUGCAAUUGAGAAAGCAUCAUUUGCAUAAACUUAUUUUUGUGCAGAUGCUGUGAAUUAUACCCUGUGACCUGUUCUACUUUGAAAUUAAAUCUGGAUUCAGACAUUUUGUAGGACUCUGGAUGAGGAUCAGACCAUCACGUGGCCUCUGCAUACGCAGAGCAAUAGAAAUGUCUGAUACACAUCCAUACUGCAAGUGGGAUUUGAAUAUACUUACUUAAGUGUAGAUGUUACUGCACUUUGUAGUUAGAGAUAUGUGAAAUUGUUGAAGUAUGAUGCCCCAUUUAUGGCAGAGUUAAAGUUUCUUUAUGUAUUGUGUUUGCACAUCCUCAAACAUUAGAGAAAUUUAAGUGUGAUAUGCACAGAAGGUUUUUAUUUUUUAAAAAAAAGGAAAUGUCUUAUAAAGUAAGUGGUAUAACAGCAAGAUGGAGUGAGCAUUUACCAAGAAAUGGUCACAGUAUUAUAAAAUAAUAAUUUUCAUUCACUCCGUGUAAGAGCUGCAAUGAAACACCUGGCCACCCUCUUCUGAAAAAUUUUCUGCGUCAUAAAAAAAAUAUAGCUCUCAGUUGAGAUGGUUAACCAUUUAUGUCAACCAGACUAUGAAGUUGACAACAGACUCCAUAUAGUGUUUAUAUCUAAUAUAAGUGGAACUUUACGUGCUCCUUAUAUGUGUUAUUAGCUCCAUGUAUAACUGUACCCUUGAAAAAAGUAUUUAUCAUGCACUAUGUCCGUCAGUAAAGUGAUGGGCUGCCGACUGGUAUAAUAUGAUAGGAAUCAGGAGUUGGACUGUAUAGCGCAUAUGCUUAUCUCUCGUGCUGUGCCAUAUCUGUCUGAAAGUGAUAAUAAUAUAGAUCGUUAUCAGUGGCUCUAUAGUCCUUGAAGGAACCUGGUAAGGUUUCUUAAUCUUUCUGUUAGAUCUCCACGAACGAGGGAUCAGCCUGUCGCAAGGCCAUGCCUUGAGUGGGAAAUAAGGUGCUGGAAUAUAAGAAUUGUCCUGUUUAGCUUAAAUUCCAAAAUUCUUAGAAUUUUAUACUUUUAAUUAGAAUGUCUCAGUAAUCCUACAUAAGGUGCUUCAUCUUGCCUUACUGUUUUGUGUGCCAUGAAAAAUACCAUAAUUUAUUUUCAUUUUAUGUCUGGUUCCAUGUGGUUUUUUAAGGUCAUACUAAUUCCACAGGCACAAACAUGUUGGUAUCACUGAGAGACAUUAUCUGCACACUUCAGUUCACAUUUGUUCAGCAAAUUAACUACAUAUUUGUUAAUCAUAUGUUUACAUAUUACGUUUAGUGAAGUUGAAGGCUUACAAUGGGGUUGGCUUCAUGCUCUGGUUGAUUUACCUGCAGGCAAGUGUUCGUGGUAUAUUUUGGAUAUGAAUCUGGGUAGGCAGGAAGCGAAAAAUCUCUUCCUCUGCUGGAAAUUGAACCCUGGUUAUCAACUUUAUUUAUUUAACUGUCCAAAGCAAGUUAAAUGAAUAAAUUGAGAAAUGGAAAUAUCGUACCAAUUCCAAAAGAGUGGUCAUUUCCUGGUAAAUCACAUUAAUGCGAGUUUAGUGUAAUUUGAUUCAUGUGGUCUGUCAGACAAUAAGAAUGUGCUAGUCCUCUUAUAGCAUCAUUUAGGAGGAAGUGGCGACUGACUGACUGACUGACUGUCUCAUAGCCAGUUUUGAAACCAGCACAUCUGUCUGAUCUUAGUGUCGCCCUGAGGUGGUAAAAACUUGCUCUUGUACAUGUGAAGUGGAGUUCUGAACUAGUUAGUUUUUAUUUUAAACUUGGAAGAAAGGUGUAGUAAUCGUAUAAACUCCAAAUUUCUGGAUGAUUCACAAUAUAGAGGAAGAUGUGUCAUAAUUUUUGUACUCUAUUUGUUUAUGGUAAGGCACUUCAUCAGGUUGUCAAAGCACUAACGAGAUAAUGUGAUAUUUUUGUCAUGUUGUAACGCCUUUUGUACAUAACACCAUGCACUGCCUUCAGCCCAGUAACAGGGUAUUAUAUAAAACAUUUCUGAGAUGUAAAAUAUUGCAGUGCAGUGUCUUCAGUCUUGUUCCUAGAGUAAAACUGGACUCAUGACUGUUUGUACUCUGACAUUUUGACCCAUGAUUCCUGUGUGUAAUCGAAUUCUUUGGCCUCCUGGGUCCAUGAUUUGCUUGACCCAUGACACUGAUUUUUCUGUGACUCCUACAACUGUACCUUCAUUGUGUAACUCGCCCAGGCCCGGUAUUGGGCAUUGUACUCAUCUAGCACAAUCCUGUUCAUAUCUUUGCACCCUCUUUUUCAAAUACCUGUUUUAGUAUACAUUCCCAUAUAGUCCAAAUUGUCUGCAACCUUCAUGUCUAACUGCUCAUUUACUGAUUCCCAAUUUAACCACUACAGUAAAAAUGUACAAAUUUUGAAACA